UAGUUCGCUUGCUUCCUUCCUCUUGAAGUUACCGGACAGCGAACACGUAGGUCUAAGCGGUGGGACCUCAAGUCAGUGACCAGGAAGGCUUCGGGACUGCUCAGGUGUCAAGGUGCCUACGGCCGUGCCCUCCUGCUGCAGUUCCUGCACACAGCCACCAUGCCUCGUGGUCAGAAGAGUAAGCUCCGUGCCCGUGAGAAACGCCGCCAGGUCCGAGAGGAGGGUCAGGGUCUCCAGGGUGCUCAAUCCCCUGCAGUGGAAGAAGGAAAGUCACCUUCCUUGUCCUCUGCUGGUCAGGAGAGUGCUUCCCCCAGCAUCUGUGCUGCAGGCGGUCCCCAGGGGCCGCAGGGAGCCCAAGCCGCCAGCUCUUCUGCUGCAGCUCUGAGCUCGGAUAAAGGUGCCAGUCACGCAGAGGAGCAAAGCCUGGGCCUCAUCAGCCUAUCCGCCCUGGAGAAGGCCAAAAAAGAUCCUCUGGGCAGGGUGGUGAACAUGCUGAUGCACUUUCUGCUAUACAAGUACAAGAUGAAAGAGCUCAUUGUGAAGGCAGAUAUGCUGAAAGUCAUCGACAGAAAGUAUAAGAAGCACUUCCCCGAAAUCCUCCAGAAAGCCACUGAUCGCAUGGAGCUGAUGUUUGGCCUUGACCUGAAGGAAAUAGGCCCCACUGGUCACUCCUAUAUCGUCAUCAGCAAGAUGAGCCUUUCCAGCGAAGGAAGUGGGAGUGAAGACAGGGGCUUUCCCAAGAAUGGGCUCCUGAUGCCGCUCCUGGCUGUGAUCUUCAUGAAUGACAACUGUGCCACCGAGCUGGCUGUGUGGGAGAUCCUGAAUAUGUUGGGGGUGUAUGAUGGCAAGAGGCACUUCGUCUUUGGGGAGCCCAGGAAGUUCAUCACCAAAGAUCUGGUGCGGGAAGAGUACCUGGUGUACCGCCAGAUUGCAGGUAGUGAUCCUCCCUGCUACGAGUUCCUGUGGGGUCCCAGAGCCUAUGCUGAAACCAGCAAGAUGCAAGUCCUAGAGUUUUUGGCCAAGCUCAGUAAUACGGUUCCCAGUUAUUUCCAGUCCCAGUAUGAGGAAGCCCUGAGAGAAGAGGAGGCAAGGGCCCAAGCCAGAAUUGCAGCCAGAGCUAGCAGAGCUCUUGCCACCAAGGCCAGGGCCAGCAGAUCCUCCCAGCAUUAGUGUGAGCUCGGGGCCAGUCUCAGUUGCAAGUAGUGGGGAGCAAGGUGGGGGGCUUGGGGGACCAAGGUGAAUAUUUUGUGUUUCUGUUAUUCAUAAGUACUUGUGGAUUUAUGUCCUAUUUUCUGUUUUUCCAUUGCACUGUUUUUUAAAGAGUUUAUUUAGAUUUAGGAUCUAAGUUUAUGAAAGAUAUGGAUCACCUGUUCCUGUUUACUAAGUUUACUAUAUUGUAAAAUAAAUUGAAAAGCUUAAGGACCUCUGUUGUUACCCAGUACAAGAAAACACAGCAUUGGAAUAGAGAUUUUAAAACGUAAGAGAACCCCAAAGAGAAGUAGUUGGGAUCAUAACAUGGUGAAGAAAAGUAAAAAGAGGUCAAUUCCUGGUUUGUCUUACUUUGUUUAGUCUUUUAGUAAAUUUAAAAGAUAUGUACCUGGAUUUGUUUAGCUUAUUUAAGAAUGUGG